UAUAAGUAGAAAUUUGUCUAUAUUAAUACUUUCCCUGAGCAUUGUGUUGAAUACUUUGGGCCUUUGGGGUUUCACUAAUACUUGGCGGGUGGAAGGAGAAUGGAAAAGGAGCAACAAGAAAAAAAGGUUUUAACUUUAACAAGUGGCAAGUUCACAUGGACCAUUAACAACUUCUCUAGUAAGUUCUUCAAUCACUACUACUCCCACACCUUCUUCGUCGGCCCCUAUUCCUGGCAGAUAGCUAUACUUCCAAGUGUCACCAACAAUAUUUUCCGAGGCUUAUUGGUAGAUCGAUUGUAUGGUGUGGACAUUGUUGGAUGGAGAUCUCUUAACUUCAAGCUCUCUUUAGUUGAUCAGCUUCAAGGCAAAUCCACGAUAAUAAAAGAGAGGGAGAAUAUCAAUAUUCAUCGGCUCAACAAAGGAGUUGAAGCUGUUUCCUUCAAAGUACAUUCAGAGCUACUUUUUAACAGCAAAAACGGGCUUCUGUUAAACGACACGGUAAUUGUUGUUGCUGAGAUUUCUGUCAAUGGUUUAGGACUUGAUCAUGAUCAAAAUCACCCAUGUUCAGUUAUGAAGUCCACAGCUUUAUUUUUGGAUUUCAUGGGAUUAUGCAAAAUAGAGAAAGACUAUGUUCAACUACUAGAGAAAUCAUGUUCAAAGUACCCUUCUCUUAUUGAAAGCCAUAGAAAGAGAAAACGGAGCCAAAGGUUCAAUCAACUUUCAUUCACAACAUUAGGGAAACUCUUGCAUUUUCUAAAGACUAAGAAAGUGAAGGACAUGAAGAGUGAUGAUGCUUGUAUGGAGUUACAAGAUUUAUGGGAUGAAGCUGAGAUUAGAUUUGAUGAUUUGAGUUGGUUGGAGCCACAUGUUAAAUCUGCUUUGACCUAUUUUGAGAAUGCAGCCAAAGUGGAAAAGCUUAAGGCUAAUGUGGUUGAUUUGGAUGCUGUUAUAGAUGCUGAUAUAGAUGCUGAACUGAUAUAGAUGCUGAAAGCAGAGGGAACUGAUAUAGAUGCUGUUAUUGAAACAACAAAGAAAGAAUUGGCAAUGGAUGAAGAAGGUUUUCUAGAAAUAGAUUUGGAUGAUCAACUAGGAUAUGAAAUACCCUAAACCCUAAUUAAGAUUAUGAUUAUAUAUAAAAGAUAUUUUUGUAUUUUGCUUAUUAGUUAAAUUUCUAUCAUUCUGUAAACAAAAUUUAGAACACUGAUGUCUCUAGGACUUUAUAAUAAUUCUAUUAUCUAGUAUUCUACUUUUGUCAAUCACUUGCACCUUCCAAAAGUAUAUAGAACAACUUCCAAGAUGUCAAAUUAUCGAUAAUCUACGAUCAUUAUUAUGCAUGAU